AUGGCGACAUUCGAAGCUCUCCCACAAGAGAUCGUCAUUGCAAUAGGCGAGAUGUGUGCCUGGCCAGCCUCAUCUGAAGAACCACCCCCUUCGAAGCACCUAGCUGCGCUCAUCCGUACAGGCCGGUGGUUGUACAAUUUACUCAACGCAACUCUAUAUCGAAAGAAUCUCAAACAAGGCGAGCCACUCGAUUCGUGCGUCCUCUGGGCUGCUGAGAACGGCCGCCUGGACACCAUCAAAAUGGCGGUCAGUUUUGGCGCGGAUCUCAAUGCAGAUGGCGCCAGGGACGAGAGUGACUACAUCCGGGACAGGAAAACGAAGUGCUUUCAAAGCCCCCUUAUUCGCGCACUACGCAAGCGUCAUGAGAAUAUUGUGUAUUAUCUUUUAGAUAUGGGCGUAGACAGCGAUCCACGCCCAAUACGUGAUUGGGAUGACAUGACUGCACUCGACAUUACUACAUACUACUACCUUUCCGACAAGAUUGCGCUCGCCCUCGUCCGCACGGGGCACCGUUUGCUCUCACUCAAAUGGGACGUAGGAUUCCGGGAACUGGCCGAUCGCAAAAUUAAGGUCGCCCAGGCGCUGUUGGAAGCUUGUGAUGAUGCAUCCCUCUUGAAUCAAGGCAUACGAUGUGGAAUAAGCAUGGGAAACGACGAUAUCGCCACUUGGGGACUUCAAAACCCUCUAGCGGAUGUUUCCACGCGGUGGGGUGCUGGUGGCGAAACCCUGCUUCAUUUUGCCAUACGGCACGAUAGCCUGCGGCUCGUCGAACUUAUGCUCACAAGGCCGGAAGUCAAUGUUUCCGCUCUCGACAACCGCGGUCGGACGCCACUGCACACUGCAGCAUCUAGAGGCAACUAUUCUAUCGUAAGGCUGCUCUUAGCACAGCCUGGGAUUAUUGCCGCAGGGAAGUCGAUCGACGGCGAAACGCCAUUGUCCCUCGCCAUUUCUGAAGGUAAUCUUCACUGCGCGUGGCUCUUGCUGGAACGCCCCGAGGUCAAUUUGGAAGACCUCCAAAAGAAUGGGGCUACAUUGCUUCAUAUCUUGUGUCAGAACACGUUUUGCCAAAGGGAUAGCACGUUGGACUUCGUUUGUUAUCUCAUUGAUCAUGGUUGCCCAUUAGAUGCCGAACUUGACGACGGGCGCAUCGCUUUAGAUGUUGCCAUUGGAAGAAGGAUGACGAGGAUUGCCAGGCUCCUCCGCAAUUACACAAUCAUCUCAGGAUUCGGACAUGGGUCAUCACAGACAUGCCGUAUCUGCCGUCCAAUUGAUCAGCUACGUUCAGAUCGAACUCUGGGUUCAAAAUAA